AUGGCGGCGCCCAGCGUCUGGGCUCUUCGGGGCUGCCCCGGCCGGGAGUGGUCGCGGCUGGUGCGGGGCUGCGCGUGCCCCCGGCUGGGCGGCGCCCGGCCCGGGGGCCCCCUGGGAGCGCGGCUCCUGUCCCGAGAGGCGCGGACGGCGGAGACCCACUUCGGGUUCGAGACGGUGUCGGAGCAGGAGAAGGGGGACAAAGUAUACCAGGUGUUCGAAAGUGUGGCCAAGAAGUAUGAUGUGAUGAAUGACAUGAUGAGUCUCGGCAUCCAUCGAGUUUGGAAGGAUUUGCUGCUGUGGCGGAUGCACCCACUUCCUGGGACCCAGUUGCUGGACGUUGCUGGUGGCACAGGCGAUAUUGCGUUCCGAUUCCUCAGCUACAUUCAGGCGCAGCAGCAGAAGAAGCAGAAGCAGCAGUUACGGGCCCAGCAGAACUUGUCCUGGGAAGAAAUCGCUCAAAAGUACCAGCAGGAAGAGGACCCCUUGGGCGGUUCCCGGGUGGUGGUGUGUGACAUCAAUAAGGAGAUGCUCAGGAUCGGGAAGCAAAGAGCCUGUUCCCGGGGAUACAGAGCUGGGCUUGCGUGGGUCGUAGGCGAUGCCGAAGAGCUGCCCUUUGAUGAUGACAAGUUUGACAUUUACACCAUCGCCUUUGGAAUCCGGAACGUCACACACAUUGAUCAGGCUCUCCAGGAGGCCCACCGAGUCCUGAAGCCAGGAGGACGGUUCCUGUGUCUGGAGUUCAGCCAAGUGAACAAUCCCCUCGUCUCUAGGCUCUAUGAUCUGUACAGUUUCCAGGUCAUUCCUGUCCUGGGAGAAGUCAUCGCAGGAGACUGGAAGUCCUACCAAUACCUUGUAGAAAGUAUCCGGCAGUUCCCGUCUCAGGAGGAGUUCAAGGAAAUGAUAGAAGAUGCCGGUUUUCAGAAGGUGACUUACGAAAGUCUCACGUCAGGCAUCGUGGCCAUUCAUUCUGGCUUCAAACUGUGACUCCUUUUCGUUCUGAAGCACGAGACACUCAUGUCCUGUCAGAGUCCUGAAUGAAGGUGACCCUCAGCAGAACAUCUCCUCUCCUCUUUGGGAUUUGUGGACACCUGUUCUGAAAUGACCAGUCUCAAAGUGGGGGACGGGGCCGGAGCGGUUGACACAGCAGGGAGGGCACAUGCCUUGCACGUGGAUGACCUGGGUCUGAUCCUCAGCAUCCCAUCUGGUCCUCCAAGCACCGCAGGAGUGAUUCCUGAGUGCAGAGCCAGGAGUAAUCCCUGAGCAAUGCCAAGUGUGACCCAAAAGUAAAAAAGGAAGUGGAAGAAGCACACUCGGGUCACUUGGCUGCAGCUGGUAUCAGCAGCUGCCUUUAAGCCUUCACCCACCGUCUCAGGUGUCUGUUUUUUGCUUUCCUUCUCAUUUUUCUUGGCUGCCUAGUGUUUGGAUAAGGUCAAACCACCACUAGCUCUUCAUCUAUUGGUAUCAUAUUUAAGUUCUGGUGCUGCCUUCCGGCAUCAUUCUAACUCAUCGAAGAUUUGAACAAAAAAUAUGACCUGUCACUGAGUCAAUCUUGCAGCCUGGGACGGUUUGUUAAGCCAAGACCCAGUUCACAGGGCUAACGCAAGAAUUACGCCCUGGCCCACUACCUGAGCCUACAGCGUGCCUGGUGUUUGUCAUUUUCUUCUUGGAGGUGAGGGAAAUAUCUUUUAUCUUUUACCCAGUGUCUGUCAUGAGAAUAACUUGGCCCUUUUGAAAGUACCAGCUAACUCUUGCUUUCUUACUUUAUACACCGAUUUGCCUUCAGAACACACUUGAAAAAAGGAUUUUAUAACAAAGUGAAAUUUGAAUGUUUAGCUCCAGUUCCCAGGGGCAGCGGUG